AGACCCCGGCACCCCACGAGCUGCGGGGCCCCCGUGCUGGCACCUGCCACGGCACACGGGACCGCCACCCGCGUAGACCCUUCCCCCGACUCCGUGUAGACCCCUCCCCGUGGCCCUCGGGGACCCCUUCCCUUGCCCCACAUAGAUCUGUUCCCCUGGCUGGCACUCGGGGACCCCUUCCCCUGCCCCACAUAGAUCUGUUCCCCUGGCUGGCACUCGGGGACCCCUUCCCCUGCCCCACAUAGAUCUGUUCCCCUGGCUGGCACUCGGGGACCCCUGCCCCACAUAGAUCUGUUCCCCUGGCUGGCACUCGGGGAUCCAUUCCCCUGCCCCACAUAGAUCUGUUCCCUGCCCCGCAUAGACCCCCUUCCCCAUGGCACUCGGAGACCUUCCUCCUUACAGACACUUUUCUCCUCUGGAGCUCUCUUACUGACAUCACAGUCCCCAAAAGAGACAGGGAUCUAGAUCAGGAACCCUGCUACCAAGACAGGCAGCAAUAGUUGCGAGAAAAGCAUAGAAUUUGGCAGGACAAGUCCACAAGCCUAAUGAUAGAGACGUUUCUGUAUCUACUGGUUAUGUAACCUCUCUGUUAUACUCAUACACACUGACACUCUCCUACAGAAAAAGCGAUACAGAGUGGGAAGGAGGUCUGCACCAUACAGAUCUCUAUGGAGAUACCCUCUUCAUGCACACACUAUACACACGCACAUAUAGUCAGAGAGAAAAACAUAUGGUAAUUGUGCUGGUACUCAAAUCUAGAGAGAGAACAGGUUUUUCUUAAGUGAUAGAUUGGAUUACUGGGUCUCAAUAUACCAUCAAAUAUUUGUUUUCUCAGGAAGAGUUGGGAAACGUUGUGGAAUUCUGGAAUCUACAGUAAAAGAACUGAGGAAUAUUUUAAAGCUUGACAGAUGCAUUCCAGACUGGAAAACUGCUGCAUUAUUCCUCCUCCUCCUCCUCCUCCUCCUUCUUUAGAGAACUGACUUCUUAAAACAGAGGUAAGAAAGGAGAAUAAGCUGUAAGAAAAUGCUGGGAUCCGAACGUGGUGUGGUGGAAGAAUGGCUAUCAGAAUUCAAGGCAUUACCUGAAAAUCAAAUCUCCGGUUAUGCAUCAACGUUGCACCGGAAAAAAUCACUGGUGCCAGCUCUUUAUAAGGUUAUUCAGGACCCAAAUAAUGAGCUCCUGGAACCUGUCUGCCACCAGCUCUUUGAACUCUACCGUAGUUCUGAAGUUCGACUCAAGAGGUUCACGCUGCAGUUCCUGCCAGAAUUGAUCUGGGUUUAUCUGCGUCUUACUGCCAGCAGGGACAGACAGAGUAAUGGUUGCAUUGAAGCACUGCUUCUUGGGAUUUACAAUUUGGAAAUUGCUGACAAAGAUGGGAACAACAAAGUUUUAUCUUUCACCAUCCCUUCAUUAUCCAAGCCGUCAAUAUACCAUGAGCCUUCUACUAUUGGAUCCAUGGCUUUGACUGAGGGAGCCCUGUGUCAACAUGACCUCAUCAGGGUGGUUUAUAGUGAUCUUCAUCCUCAGAGAGAAACAUUCACUGCACAGAACAGGUUUGAGGUGCUCGGCUUUCUCAUGCUGUGCUACAACUCUGCUAUUGUCUACAUGCCUGCCUCCUCCUAUCAGUCACUUUGCAGGAUGGGUUCCAGGCUUUGCGUGAGUGGAUUUCCUCGGCAGCAUGAGAAACGCUGGAAAGAAUUCUGUAACAGAGUGGUACUAGAUCCUGACUUCAUGGUGCAACUGCUCACAGGUGUCUAUUAUGCCAUAUAUAAUGGACAGUGGGGUCUUGGCCAGGAGGUAUUGGAUGACAUAAUUUACAGAGCACAGCUUGAACUUUACUCUCAGCCACUGCUGGUUGCGAAUGCCAUGAAGAACUCGUUGCCCUUUGAUGCCCCUGAUAUGUCGCAAGAAGGCCAGAAGGUACUGAAGGUGGAGGUUACUCCUACAGUGCCCAGGAUCUCUCGGACUGCCAUUACGACAGCUUCCAUCCGCCGCCAUCGCUGGAGGAGAGAAGAUGGCUUUGACUUCUCAAACGAGGCUGACUCAAGCAUUCCUGGCUCCCCGAUCCAACACGGCUCCACAGACCUAGGGAUCAAACGUGAGCAAGAGGGGGAGGUGCUGGUGCGCAGGACCCCUGAGCAUGGCUCACCGGAGCCCACCUUGACAGCAGCCACAACAGAGGAUACUGAGGGUGUAAAUGGAAGAGAGGAAUCCGUGAACUUCAAUGAUGCUGACGAAGGAUUUUCAUCAGGAGCUUCCCUUAGUAGCCAGCCAGUUGGGACCAAGCCUCUAUCGUCCACAUCCCAGAGGGGCAGUUUAAGGAAAGCAGCAAGUGGGCGUUCAGCUAAGGAUAAAGAAACAUCAUCUGCCACUAAAUCCAAUGAGAGCCCUCGAGAUUCAGUAGCUCGGAAGCAGUACCUGCACCAACCAACUGACCUUACUGCAGAAACAAUUGAGAUGACACCUACAAAGAAACACCUCAGCUUGCCUGCUGGGCAGGUGGUACCAAAAGCCAGUAGCUUGAGCCUAAUCCGGACCGCCAGUGCUUCCUCCAGUAAAUCAUUUGACUAUGUGAAUGGUGGUCAAGCAGCUUCCAUUGUUGGGGUUGGCACUGAGGGUGUUACUAAUCUAGCAGCUGGCAAUUCCAAUCGGUUUUCAACUAUCAGUCUACAGGAGGACCGGCUAGGCCAAGCUGGGGAAGGUAAAGAUCUCCUUACCCCAGGGGCUCCCCUUACCAAGCAGUCUCGAUCCCCAAGUUUCAAUAUGCAGCUGAUAUCCCAGGUGUAGCUUUGACUCCCCUCUUCCUCUUUAACCAACAGACAGUUCAUCCUUGGGCAAAAACAAGAACCUUCAUCACACAGUGUGAAAAUACUGACCAUUGUGAUCUCAUUUGAUUCAGUUUAGAUAUCAUCCUGUAUUUUGUAUGAAACAGCAAUAAAUCUCCCCUCACCCCCAGUCCCUACCCCUUGUGAACAUGGUUGUGAAGCAGUAUAAAAUGUACUGUAUGCCUUUUCCACACCUUCCUUUCUCCUUGGGUGAUGUGCAAUCCAUCGUAGGCUGAUCAGUCCCAUUUCAACACUGUGAGACUGGUGAUAUUGGAGGAAAUGGUGAAUGUGAUCCCUAUGAGAUGAUGCUUUGCUUUGUUAAGAAAUAGAAACGGGUUAGUUUUAUCAGUCUACAGUACUGCAAAGACUACUGGAUCAUGAUUUUUCUUAGAACCAGGAGUGCCUCAGAGAUUCUAAUGUGACUUUGGACCUCUCUGAGUUUGUGCAAUCAAUUCUGGGGGAGGGGAAUGUCAUUGUUGCUCCUGGCUGACCAAUGCACUUUUCCAUUAAAAUAAGAAUUGUUCUUUUCCUUCCCCACCCUCACCUCCACUCUCCUUCUUCUGAAACUCUUCCUGUUGAACAGUGGAGACAUGCCUAUUACCAAGUCGUUGCCCCUCAGAUAAAGAGAGGGCUGUAAGUAGAAAACGAAGGUCACAGUGUACUACUUAUGGCGUUGUAGCCAUAUUUAUGUUAUAUGUCUUCCCCUCCAGGACACAGGGUCAUUCCGCUUACACACUGGAAUUUGGAAAGGCCAAACCUGUUGAAAUAAUUCAAAAGUGGGAAGGAGAGAUACUUUCCCAGAAAUAAUUAACUACUAGCUCUGCUUCUCUUUGUGUGAGGUGAUGAUCACUGAAUUGAAACAAGCGCAUCUUCAGGUAAACAGAGGGAUUCUCAGGCUGCAUUCUGUGGUAUCAUGGCUGUUAGGGAGCCUCUCCUGCUUUCUUAGCUGUUCCUAGCUCAGUCACAGCAUAGAUUAAGAAAUCUGUAGUCCAGACAUAAUCCUCCAAGGAGAUGCAUCAGGGAUUGAGAUACUGGUUUGCUGGAAACACUGAAGCGUCAAUGUGCAACACUUUCUAGAAACAAUGUUGGUAUAACGGGGUACUCAGUCUUUUCUCCCAGAAGGACCACACUUCUGCCUUUGUAUUUACAAUCCAUUGCAUUUUGUAAAUAUUAUCUGAUCAUUUUGCUGACGGAGGCAGGCAAUCUCCUAGAAAACUCUGAACUCAUGCCAUUGAGCCAAGUCCUGAAUCUAUGUGAUUGAUGUAUGGGCAGCAAUUGGUACCUGUGCUAGAGAUCACUACUUUAAAAGUACAUUUCUGAUUACAAAGGAGGAUGUUCAUCAUAUUUUAGCCUGUGUCUUUCUUUGGAUAACUAAGGAGAAAAGAGGAAGCUCAGUCUUUUCUCUCUUCUCUGUUGUGACCUGGAAGUUUACAGGCCAUUAACCCCUGGAACAGAUUAGAGUUACAUUUUUUCAUUAUGUAGGCACUUUUGUUUUAUAAUUUUCACUGUGAAAAAAUAUACACAAAUGGCUACAAAUAACAGGCUAUCUUUUGAUUUAUAAAGAUUGUACGAAAUUCAGAACUAAAAUGGCAUUACAUUGCUAGUGGUUAUUUAAUGUUGUUAAAAUGUUAUUUCGAGCUUUCUAUUCUUCUCUUUUUAACACCCUCAUUUCAAGUAGCAUUUUUCCAAAGUGACUUUCAAACUUCUAGUUUAAACAGGUAAAGGAAGACAUUUUUAUGGUUGAAUGAGUUACUUGGUCACUUAAUCUUCAUAUUUCACAUUCAAAGAGGAAUGAUAACAUUAAACAGCAUUCAGAAUUAUGCCAAAAUGUCAGUUAAACACUUUAAACACCAACAUUCAGUUAAGAAAAAGGAAAAAAAAACCUUUAUAUUCUCGUUAAAAACUGCAGCUAAGUUGCAAGGACUGUCAGGGAUGCAUAAAGUGACAGAACAAAGACAAAAUCAGGA